GUAUGGAAAGCUCAAGCCACAGCCAGCAGAACCAGUGGAGCUGCUCAAGCUCAGAGUCAGAGUUUUACAGUGUUUCCUCUCCAGACACCGUUUCGCCGAAUGCAUCCAUGGAGCGGGGCUUCUCUCCGUCCCACCAGGCCCAGCCUGCAUGCUCAAAAUCAGUCAAACCUGCAAGCUUCGUCAAGAGGAAACGCAGAUUAAGGCUGAAGAACCCGAGCGAGCAACGGCAGAACGCAAGUGAGAAGGAGAAGUUGAGGAUGAGGGAUCUGACCAAAGCUCUCCACCACCUCAGGACCUACCUGCCGCCGUCUAUAGCUCCCGUAGGCCAAACGCUGACCAAGAUCGAGACGCUACGGCUCACCAUACGCUACAUCUCGUUUCUGUCUGCUCAGCUGGGUCUCAGUGAAGAAGAGCUGAACCAAAGGAGGAACGUGAACUCCAGCAGCUGCGCAUAUUCUCCAGAGAUCGUUGGUUAUUUUCAGUACAGGACUAUGGCUGGAGACUGGGUUGUGGCGCAAGGACAGGGUUAUGGGCAUUAUGAAGGACAGUAUGAAGGUUUCUCUGCUCAUACAGGGCAAUCUGAUGAGAUCAGCAUGGAUCAGUAUGACGGUUCCUCACAGCAGCAUUCAACAGAGCAAAUCUUCUCUGCAAAUAUAGACGGCUUCCUCCAGUCACAACAGUGUGCUCAAACAACACAGACAUACCAGGUUUAUGGCAGAAACUUUGGCCAUCAUCUUGUUCCUCGAGCUUACUGGAGCUGA